AUGCCAAGGGUCGAAGUCCCGCCGUCCUCUGCCGCCGCCGCGGCCUUCUCCUUCCACAUCGUCGCCUUCGCUCUCAUGUCCUUGCCUCUCUCGCCGUCCGUGGCCUCCAGCACGAGCCUUGCCACCUCCUCCCGCUUGACAUCGCUAUCGAUCUCCAGCCCGAUGCCCCACUCGGCGCAGGCGUACCGGCAGUUGGUCGUCUGCUCCGCGAAGAAGGGCCAGCAGACCAUCGGCACGCCCGCGCAGAUGCUCUCCAGCGUCGAGUUCCACCCGGAGUGCGUCAGGAACAGCCCGGUCGCCGGAUGCCCCAGCACCUCUUCCUGCGGGCACCAGCUCAGGAAGAUCCCUCGGCCCUUCGUCUCGGCGAGAAAAUCCUCCGGCAGCACGGCCUUGUCGCCGGCCACGAGGUCCGGCCUGAUGACCCACAGGAACGGCCGCCCGCAGCGCGCCAGGCCCCACGCGAACUCCGCCAGGUGGGCCGGCGACAUGACGGUGAUGCUGCCGAAGUUGACGUACACGACCGAGCCUGGCUGCUUCUGGGCAUCCAGCCACCGGAGGCAGCUCGUGUCCUCCUUCCAGAGGUUGCCGCCGAUCGCGCCCAGCUCCGGCCGCGCCCGCGCCGCGGUCACCGCGAACGCCGGGAGCGGGCCGACCGUGUACACGCGCGGGAAGAUGCCGCGGAGCGCGUCCACCACGUCCUGCUCCACCGCGUCGAACGUGUUGAGGAUGACGCCCUGCGCGCGGUGCGCGUUCUGCGCCUCGCCGCCGUCGAAGUUGAGCAUGACGUCGUCCCGCUCGGUCGUGCGGACGAAGCUGGGGAAGUCUCGCAGCCUUAUGCCCGGCAUCCCGGCCACCCAGUCGAGCGCCGUGUCGAGUUCCAUGCAUGGAGCGCGUAGGGGGUGGUAG